UCCGCCCCUCCCCCAUCUCCCGUCCUCCAGCGCUGGGAUGCUGCUGCUGCUGCUGCUGCCAUCACCGAGAGAUGCGCAUCAAACGGCCAUCAUCAGCACGUAGACCCACAUCUCUCCUUCACCCAUCACUCUAUCAAUCAGCGCCAAAAAUAACAGCAACGAUGUGACCAAAACGAGCCUCCUUUACGUUCCCGACAGCACAAUACGCCGUUUUAACCGAUUAAUUAAUGCGGACAUGGUACAGUCUCAUCUGCAUCAUUCAGGUUUUCUUCCGCAUAAGAUGAAGUGCUCACCACCGUCUGCUGCCUCCUGUUCCCUUCAUUUGAUUUCUAUUCUGCACCGUUGCGCAUCAUCUGCAUUUGGAAUAGCAUAAAGGUCAAAUGAUGUGACUUUUAUUUUUGUGUUCUCCAUGAUGGGCAUGAUUUGAGGCUAAAUCACUGGAUAUCAUUCCGGUUUUCCUGUCUUUUUUCGACUCAACGUCAAAUGUCCUUGGAACAUGGCCUGCGCGGUUUUGUUCCAACGCUAUUCCUGUGUCACUAGAUCCCCUUUAUUGUUUAAUAAUCAGUAACACUUGCUUCAUUUGGUCUUCAUAGAGAUGGAUUGGCACAAUGGCUACCACUUUAUUUGCUGACUUUUUUGUUUAUGGGGGGAUAUUUCAGGGGAACCCCAGCUACCACACCAUAGAAUAGAAAACCCCAAACAAUCUAACAAUUCAUGUCUCAGUACGGAGAACUACACAGAGAACAUCUUAGAAAUAGGUGAGGAGGAAUAUAAAUAAGACAAAAGAGAUCACACAUUUUCCCAGGUACCCAUCUUUUAGCUCAUAGCAUAGUCGUCUUCCACAACCAACACACCAUCAUGGGGGAUCUGGGCAAUAGCACGGUAGACUUCCACCCUAAGAAGCCAGGGAUGGACAAAGGAGGUCAUGAGGGAGAUUUCGGGGUGACAGUUGAGGAGUUAUGCUCGCUGAUGGAGCUCAGGGGAGCCGAGGCCCUGCAGAAGAUCCAGGAGAACUACACAGACACAGAAACCCUCUGUCACAGACUCAAGACUUCACCUGCAGAUGGAUUAUCGGACAAUCCUGCGGACCUGGAGAAACGUCAGCAAGUGUUUGGAAUGAACUUCAUCCCUCCUAAGAAGGCCAAGACCUUCCUUCAGCUCGUGUGGGAGGCUCUACAGGAUGUUACCCUUAUAAUCCUGGAAAUAGCGGCCAUUAUUUCCCUCGGACUGUCCUUUUACCAGCCGCCAGGAGGGGACAGUGAAGCGUGUAGUAAUGUGAGUGCAGGUGCGGAGGACGAGGGAGAGGCGGAGGCGGGCUGGAUCGAGGGUGCAGCUAUCCUGCUCUCGGUGCUCUGCGUGGUGCUGGUGACAGCGUUUAAUGACUGGAGCAAAGAAAAGCAGUUCCGUGGCCUGCAGAGCCGUAUUGAGCAGGAGCAGCGCUUCGCUGUGGUGCGGAACGGCACGGUCAUUCAAAUCCCUGUGGCUGAGAUGGUGGUGGGGGAUAUUGCCCAGGUCAAAUAUGGCGACCUCCUGCCUGCGGAUGGUAUUCUCAUGCAAGGGAACGACCUCAAGAUCGAUGAGAGCUCCCUCACUGGAGAGUCUGAUCACGUACGCAAAUCCAUUGACAAGGAUCCCAUGCUGCUGUCAGGCACUCAUGUAAUGGAGGGAUCGGGGAAAAUGGUGGUGACCGCUGUUGGUGUCAACUCUCAAACGGGAAUCAUCUUCACCCUCCUGGGGGCCGGAGAGGUGGAGGAAGAGAAGAAAGACUGCAAGAAAGAGGUCAAUAGUAAUUCAUCCACGCAGUUCCCCAGUGUUGAAGCCAAAGAACACACCAUCAUAAAUGGGAAACAAGACGGGACCCUGGAGAACAAUCAAAAUAAAGCUAAGAAACAGGAUGAGGCUGUUGCCAUGGAGAUGCAGCCUUUGAAGAGUGCAGAAGGUGGGGAAGUGGAGGAGAAAGAGAAGAAAAAAGCCAGUGUGCCCAAGAAGGAGAAAUCAGUUCUUCAGGGCAAACUCACCAAGCUCGCAGUGCAAAUCGGGAAAGCAGGUCUGGUGAUGUCCGCCAUCACUGUGAUUAUCCUGAUGCUGUACUUCGUGAUCGAAACGUUCGUCAUUCAGGGACGGGCCUGGCUGACAGAAUGCACGCCUAUUUAUGUGCAGUACUUUGUCAAAUUCUUCAUCAUCGGAGUUACAGUUCUGGUGGUGGCUGUGCCAGAGGGUUUGCCACUGGCUGUCACCAUAUCAUUGGCCUACUCCGUAAAGAAAAUGAUGAAGGACAAUAACCUGGUGCGUCAUUUGGACGCAUGUGAGACUAUGGGCAAUGCCACGGCAAUUUGUUCAGAUAAAACGGGGACCCUCACCACUAACCGGAUGACAGUAGUGCAGAUUUAUGUAGAGGACCAGCACUUCCGCGACAUCCCAAGACCAGACCAGAUUAACCCAAAGACACUGGAGCUCAUCACCAGUGCUGUUGCUGUGAACUGCGCCUACACCUCCAACAUAAUGGCUGCAGAUAAGGAAGGUGGGCUGCCCAAACAAGUGGGUAAUAAGACAGAAUGUGCUCUGCUGGGACUCGUGCGGGACCUGAAGCAAGACUACCCAGCUGUGAGGGAGCAGAUCCCAGAAGAGAAGCUCUAUAAAGUCUACACCUUUAAUUCUGUCAGAAAAUCCAUGAGCACUGUCAUUCAGAUGCCUGAUGGAAGCUUCCGCUUAUACAGCAAAGGAGCCUCUGAGAUCCUGCUCAAAAAGUGCUCGUUCAUCUUGGGCCGUGAUGGUGAAACUCGUGCUUUUAGGCCACAGGACAAAGAUGAAAUGGUGAAGAAAGUGAUUGAACCGAUGGCAUGCGAUGGCCUUCGUACGAUUUGCAUUGCUUACCGAGAGCUCCCAGCUGACCCCAUGCCAGACUGGGACAACGAGACAGACAUCGUCUCCAACCUUAUCUGCAUCACAGUGGUCGGCAUUGAAGACCCUGUUCGACCUGAGGUCCCAGAAGCCAUCAGGAAGUGCCAACGAGCAGGCAUCACGGUGCGUAUGGUGACGGGUGACAACAUAAACACUGCACGUGCCAUCGCUGCCAAAUGUGGCAUCAUCCAUCCUGGCGACGACUUCCUGUGUAUGGAAGGGAAGGACUUCAACAGGCGAAUCAGAAAUGAGAAAGGAGAGAUUGAGCAAGAGCGCAUUGACAAAAUUUGGCCCAAGCUCAGAGUUCUUGCUCGUUCCUCCCCUACAGACAAACACACACUAGUCAAAGGUAUCAUAGACAGCACCAUUGUAGAACAAAGGCAGGUGGUUGCAGUCACUGGUGAUGGCACAAAUGACGGACCUGCUCUUAAGAAAGCUGAUGUGGGGUUUGCAAUGGGCAUUGCUGGUACAGAUGUGGCCAAGGAGGCCUCUGACAUCAUCCUGACGGACGAUAACUUCUCUAGCAUAGUAAAGGCUGUGAUGUGGGGAAGGAAUGUGUAUGACAGCAUCUCCAAGUUCUUACAGUUUCAGCUCACAGUGAAUGUGGUGGCUGUCAUAGUAGCCUUCACUGGUGCCUGCAUCACGCAGGAUUCACCCCUUAAGGCUGUGCAGAUGCUGUGGGUCAAUCUGAUCAUGGACACAUUUGCUUCUCUGGCUCUUGCCACAGAGCCACCCACCGAAGCAUUGCUCCUGAGGAAGCCCUAUGGCCGAAACAACCCCCUCAUAUCCAGGACCAUGAUGAAGAACAUCCUUGGCCAUGCAGUUUACCAGCUCAUCAUCAUCUUCACCCUGCUCUUUGUAGGUGAGAAGAUCUUUGACAUAGACAGUGGACGUAACGCUCCACUUCACUCUCCUCCCUCCGAGCAUUACACCAUCAUCUUUAACACCUUUGUCCUCAUGCAACUCUUCAAUGAGAUCAAUGCCCGUAAGAUCCAUGGAGAGAGGAACGUUUUUGAUGGAAUCUUUUCAAACCCUAUCUUCUGUUCAAUUGUGCUGGGGACCUUCGCAAUACAGAUUGUGAUUGUGCAGUUUGGUGGGAAACCUUUCAGCUGUUCCCCCUUAAAUGUGGAGCAGUGGCUUUGGUGCCUGUUUGUGGGAAUGGGAGAGCUGAUCUGGGGACAGGUGAUAGCAUCAGUGCCAACACAUCAGCUGAAGUUUCUGAAAGAAGCGGGCCAUGGGCCGGCUCCAGACGAGAUCAUGGAUGAGGAUCUAGCUGAGGAUGAGGAGGAGAUUGACCAUGCCGAGAGAGAGCUGAGACGAGGACAGAUCCUGUGGUUCAGAGGACUCAACCGAAUUCAGACUCAGAUCCGGGUGGUGAAAGCUUUCCGUAGCUCCCUCUACGACGGCAUCGAGCGGCCCGAGUCGCGGAACUCCAUUCAUGACUUCCAGGCGCACCCGGAGUUCAUCAUCACGGACUCGGUCCACAACAUCCCCCUGAUCGACGAGACGGACGUGGACGACGAAUCGGAGCGCUCCAACCAUAACCACGUGCGUGUGGCGCUUCGUCACCCCGGCCCUCACUCUCAGCCCCAGGCGCCCCAGAGGCCCCCGCGAUCCCGUUACCCGUCUCGCCCGCUGAGGCAGCAGAGUCUGCCGGUCACCCUCAACUGCAACAACAAUGCCGCCGAGAGCCGCGUCUACCUGGGCUCGAGCGUUUCCCCCUGCCCCGCGAGCCCUCUGCACAGCCUGGAGACGUGCCUCUGAAGGUCAGAGGUCAGCCGGUUGAGACUGCCAGCCAGACGGAGAAACGCUUGUUUCUGUACCUAAUCUUUGUUCCUAUCACAGAUUCACUGCUUCAAAAUGUUUCAGUGGUUCUUUACAGUAUCUUGUGUGACCCAAAGACAAUCCCACUCCGCAUGAAAGUGACCGAUUAUGUUCUCAUACAGUAUGUUGCACUCGAAAAUGAUGAGAUGGAUCUACGUGUGUGUAGGCGUGGACUCUGACUAAAGAUUUUAAAGUCUGUGAGCCUAAUGAAAGUGUACAAAUGGAAAAAAAAAAGAUGUUUAUUUGGGGAUUACUCCUUUCGCCUUUUAGUUAAUAACAUUAUUGUUCCAAUUAUUAUAGUGGUUAUAUUUCUGCUAAAACUACGACAAUUAAUACUACAGUUACUAUACUCCAGUUAUGAUACUUUAUAUCACUAAGUAUGUUUGUAUGUAUGACGUAAGUCUGUAUGUAUGUGUAUUUGUUUGUUUGCUGUUGUUAAAAUCCGUGUCUAUGUUCUCAUUAGUUCCACACAUGCCCCUCUCUCUGUUUUCUGUGUUAGAGUGUGAUGUGUAUGUCCAAUUAAAAAAAGGAAAUUAAAUUACAGAACAUAUAUCAGCAGCAUAAAUAAAAUAAAAUCUAACCA